ACGAUGUCGCGAUCCAGGAAGUGAUAUACACACGCCGGAUGUGGAUUUACGGCAAUUGUGGUGUUUUCGUUUUGCCUCCAAUACAAACUACUUCGUUGUGGACGCCUAGUCGUUUUCUUCACUUUAACAGUUGAUACCCGAUAACGUAGAUUUUUAAGGUACAAAUUGUAAUAAUAAUAAAAAAAAAACAUGUCAGUUGUUCCUCCGAAUCGCUCGUCUACCGGCUGGCCCCGCGGAGUUAAUCAGUUUGGAAACAAAUACAUUAGCCCACCGGCUAAACCCCUAACACUGGAGAGGACCAUUAACCUAUAUCCUCUGACCAAUUACACGUUUGGCACAAAAGAGCCGCUGUAUGAAAAGGACAGUUCGGUGGCCGCGCGGUUCCAGCGCAUGCGCGAGGAGUUUGAGAAGAUCGGGAUGAGGCGCACGGUGGAGGGAGUGCUGAUUGUACACGAGCACAGACUGCCUCAUGUCCUGCUGCUGCAGCUGGGAACCACCUUCUUCAAACUUCCUGGUGGAGAGUUAAAUCCAGGAGAGGAUGAAGUAGAGGGCUUAAAGCGACUGAUGACGGAGAUCUUGGGACGUCAGGAUGGCGUGAAGCAAGACUGGGUGAUUGAUGACUGCAUUGGAAACUGGUGGAGACCCAACUUUGAACCACCACAGUACCCCUACAUUCCAGCUCACAUCACUAAGCCCAAGGAACAUAAGAAGCUUUUUUUGGUACAGCUACAAGAGAAAGCACUGUUUGCUGUGCCAAAAAAUUACAAGUUGGUGGCAGCCCCCCUGUUUGAGCUCUAUGACAAUGCUCCUGGAUACGGGCCCAUUAUAUCCAGCCUCCCUCAGUUACUAAGCAGGUUUAACUUCAUCUACAACUGAGGGGCACACAGACCGUAUGGCUGUCUCUGUGAGUGCAGUCAGAACCUGAGAGAAAGUAAAUGGACUGGAGAAGGUGACUGCUUUCUCUGACUUUGUAACCAGAGGAGAAUUGGCAAUAGUCCAAUGCUGUUUUGAAAUAUCAUGUACUUUUCAUGUGUUUUUGUCCAUUUAGGUUUUGUCUCCUUUACUGCAUUGUAAUUUUAGAUUUUAGUGUGAAGUUAUUCAUAAUUUUUUUUUUCUAAAGACUUUUGUUUUAUGUUCAGUAAUGAGCGCUUACAAUGCCUUUAGUCAAUAAAAAUGUGAUUUGUUUUUUUUUAACUGAUUUUGUUAACCUUUUUUAAAUAAUAAACUGCCAUCGUAAGAUUGAUGCAUUUGAUUGUUUGACAUGUGACACAAAAUUAGGGAUUGUAUUUUCUUUAUAUUUUUUGCUCCCUGCUGUGUGUAGCUUUGAAAAAAAUCAACAGUUUCAAAAGCAUGAACCAUUACUUUUCCACAUUUAAAUACUGUUUUUAACAA